CUACUUAAUCACAGUGCAUUACUACCGGAAUCAAACGUGUGUUCUGACUUUUAUUCUUUGUCUCUGUCUCUUCCUCACUCUCGCUCCACAUGCCAUGGAUCGUUCUUCCUUCCUCUACCACUACUCUCAACGCCGUGUUGCAGGCUCUCUCAGCGGCUUCUUCUUCAUCCCCACAACUUUAGCACUCUUCACCUCUCUUUUCAUUCUCUUCUACAUUUACUCCACCUCCAACCUCUUCUCCCAUCCCAACCACCAUGCCACUUCUCUUUUCAAACCACCCUUUCUCUUUUCCACUACCCCUUCUAUUUCCACCCCACCCCACUUCGACCCUGUCUUCCGCAACAAUGCUUCUGACUUCACCAAGUCUCACUCUUUCCGAUUGGGGUAUGAACUCAGACCACAAAGUCAACGGGGUCUGCCCCUUCCACUGCAAUUCAGCCCAAAGGUAUCUGGGGAAUGCUUCUUUUAUGGUUCAGGAAAAAUUGAGAAUAACAACGACGUGUUCCAUGACAGAGAUAUCUUUCUGGAAGACUAUAAAGAAAUGAAUAGGAGCUUAAAGAUAUAUGUUUAUCCUCACAAGGAAGAUGAUCCUUUUGCAAACGUGCUUUUGCCUGUGGAAUCUGAACCUGGUGGCAAUUAUGCGAGUGAAAGUUACCUGAAAAAGGUACUUAUGAAGAGCCAUUUCAUUACAAUUGAACCAGCAGAAGCAGAUCUUUUCUUUCUGCCCUUUUCCAUAGCAAGAUUACGGCAUGAUAGAAGAGUUGGUGUGGGAGGUAUACAAGACUUCAUUAGAGACUACAUUCAGAACAUCAGUCACAAGUAUCCAUAUUGGAACCGCACAGGUGGUGCUGAUCACUUUUAUGUUGCUUGUCAUUCAAUUGGAAGAUCUGCCAUGGACAAAGCACCUGAUGUGAAAUUCAAUGCCAUUCAAGUUGUAUGUUCAUCAAGUUAUUUCCUCACUGGGUAUAUUGCUCACAAGGAUACAUGCCUACCACAGAUUUGGCCAAGAAAAGGAAAUCCCCCUAACCUUGAUUCAUCAAAGAGGAAAAGGCUAGCUUUCUUUGCAGGAGGAGUUAAUUCCCCAGUGCGUGUAAAGCUUCUCGAGACAUGGAAAAAUGAUUCAGAAAUCUUUGUGCACCAUGGAAGACUUAAAACACCAUAUGCAGAUGAGUUGCUAGGAAGCAAGUUCUGCCUUCAUGUCAAGGGCUUUGAAGUGAACACAGCUCGUAUUGGAGACUCUCUAUAUUAUGGUUGUGUUCCAGUGAUCAUUGCCAACUACUAUGACCUUCCCUUCGCUGAUGUGUUGAACUGGAAGAGCUUUUCAGUUGUUGUCACCACCUUAGAUAUCCCCUUACUGAAAAAGAUCCUCAACGAUUUCAUCAGUUCUAACAAAUACUUGAUGUUACAUAAAAAUGUUUUGAAGGUCAGGAAACACUUUCAGUGGCAUUCACCCCCGCACGACUUUGAUGCGUUUUACAUGGUUAUGUAUGAAUUAUGGCUUAGACGAAGCUCUAUAAAAAUUUCGUAGGAAAAUUUUAUAUACAAUAUAUCAGUGUACAGUAUUUUCAUACAAACACAUUCAGCAGGAACUUAUCAUGGUUAAAUGUCACUGAAAGUUUGUAUGAAACUAUUGUACAUUAAUGGUGCAUUUAAGUUAAACUCAGAUUUAUGCAAGUUAUUGUGAAGGCAACUUUGUUCUUUGCUUGGUGAAAGAGUAAAGGCAGUUAAAUGAAUCCAUAUACAAGUCA